AGAAUCUGCGACGCUGUAACCAGGAAGUUUGAGACGCUGCACAAUGUAUCCGUAGGAACAAAAAGCUAGUUCUCGAAAUAGGCGGGUUAAUUGACAACAAACAUUGAUUCACGAGACAAAGACUGCACGUUAAACCUAUUGGGUUAACGUGACACAGCUAUGUAGUUCAACAUGAGCAGUUAGCAGCUAUUUCAUCGUUACACGGUAUCUGAAGCUAAAGUCAGCCUGCUCUGAUGUCCUGUUUCAGUCCUGUAUCAAGUUAAAUCAUGUCGGCCGUAAACUGAUAGCUUCACCACAGUUUGGAUUAGGUUAUUUGAUCUGAGGUUGCCUGAACACAGCUCUAAACAUGUCAAACACCGUGUUAGAAGUGGGGACGGGGAUCGUCGUCGUUACCGUCGUAUGGAUCACAGCUGUGGUGUUCGGGAUGACGCUGCUGAGAGCAUCUGGACCCGCAAAGUUAGGAGUUAUCCCUGUGUUCCUCCUGGCUCUGACCAUCACUCUGGUCCUGGUGUUUUUCCCUCGCAGUCCAGAGACAGAGAUUCCUUUUAAAGAGAUACAGAGAGUUGCAGAAGAGGCACGGCAUGCAAACACACAGCGGAUCGUAGACACUCUGUUUAUCGGGCGAUACAUUCUUCUGGCGGUGGCGAGCGUGGUCUUUCUGGUGGCGUUCUUCAUGCUGCUCCCUUUUCAUCUCCUGGAGCCGGUCUAUGCCAAGGCUUUAAGAACUCAUUAAAGCUGCCAGAUUCAGAGCUGGCACCAGGAUCACGUCUCUGAUGUCCAGAACUUAAAGACAAACAGGGCUGACAAGAGGCCUCCGCUUCAUAUGGAAACAACAUGAAAAAUGUGGUCCAAACAGCUCAGCAGGAGGGGGCCUGUUUGUGAGUGGCUGGAUGUUUGGAGACUGAAGACUGAACAGUUAUAAGACAUCCAACAUUUUGUGUUUUUGUACUAUUGAACACUAAGAUGUAUGAAUAGUUUCCUGUUUGAUUUGUGUGAAUCACUACAGUGCAGACAUUUCAUCUAUGCUUCAAUAAACCAUUACAAAACAUAA